CUCUUCUACUACCUCUCUCGCGGGUUCGUCCGUUUGAACACCACCCUGACCUCUGCCCAUGUCAUCCAUAGCCAGCGCCCCCUCCAAGGCAUCAGCAUGCUCCGCGGCUAGUCUCUGUGACAACGGGUCCUUGAGCUUUGCUCCUUCCCGCUGCAAUCCCCACAGCAUCUCACCGAUCCGUCAUGGGCAUUGUGCGUUUUGUUUUGUGAAGUGUUCUACUGCCCUGGAUCUGGAACUUGGGAAGACAUCAUGGCACGGAGGAGGAGGAGGAGGAGGACGAGGACGAGGACGAGGAGAAAGAGGGAGAGGAGGUCCCGAUGACGGAGGAGGAGGCAGAGGAGGAAGAGGAGGCGGAGGUCCCGAUAGAGGAGGAGGAGGAAGAGGAGGUGGUGGAGGAGGAGGAGGUGGAGGAGGAGGAGGUCCCGAUAGAGUAGGAGGAGGCCCCGGUAGAGGAGAAGGAGGCGGAGGUCCCGAUAGAGGAGGAGGAGGUCGUGAUGGAGGAGAAGGAGGCGGAGGUCCCGAUAGAGGAGGAGGAGGAGGAGGAGGGGGCGGAGGCGGAGGUCCCGAUAGAGGAGGAGGAGGAGACCGAGGAGGAGGGGGAGGAGGACGAGGAGGAGGAGGAGGAGGAAGAGGAGGUGGUGGAGGAGGAGGAGGUGGUGGAGGAGGAGGUCCCGAUAGAGGAGGAGGAGGAGAUCCUGAUAGAGGAGGAGGAGGUCCCGGUAGAGGAGGAGGAGGCGGAGGUCCCGAUAGAGGAGGAGGAGGAGGUCCUGAUAGAGGAGGAGGAAUUCCCGGUAGAGGAGGAGAAGGCAGAGGUCCCGAUAGAGGAGGAGGAGGUCCCGAUGGAGGAGAAGGAGGCGGAGGUCUCGAAAGAGGAGGAAGAGGAGGAGGUGGAGGCGGAGGAGGAGGAGGAGGAGGUCCCGAUAGAGGAGGAGGAGGAGGUCCCGAUAGAGGAGGAGGAGGAGACGGAGGAGGAGGAGGAGGAGGAGGGGGAGGACGAGGAGGAGGAGAAGGAGGAGGAGGAAGAGGGAGAGGAGGUUCCGACCAUGGAGGAGGAGGCGGAGGAGGAAGAGGAGGAGGCGGAGGUCCCGAUAGAGGAGGAGGAGGAGGUGGAGGAGAAGGAGGUCCCGAUAGAGUAGGAGGAGGAGGUCCCGGUAGAGGAGGAGGAGGCGGAGGUCUCGAUAGAGGAGGCUGAGGAGGAGGAAGAGGAGGACGAGGAGGAGGAGGUCCCGAUAGAGGAGGAGGAGGAGGAGGAGGUCCCGAUGGAGGAGAAGGAGGCGGUGGUCCUGAUAGAGGGGGAGGAGGAGGAGGAGGAGGCGGAGG